UGAAGCGCCGGAGGGAAAACUGGGCAGACCCGUUUGUGAGGGCCCACACGAAGGCAACCGGACCAGUGAGUGAACAGUCCCUUUCCGUUACAGAAGACUGCCCGCUCCCGCACCUUCAGCAACUUCCCGUUCGAAGCCACCGGCCGUCUUGAGAGGAAGCGCCUCGCAUUGACACGGAGUCCAUCUUGUCUGAAGACUCUGAACAAGUAGCCCUCCUUCGCGUGAGAAUCACAAAGUGGAGCACAGCCAAACAGCGGGCCUCUCCGUCUAUCUGCCGCUGGCAAGACACGGGAACUGAAAAUUCGUAAGGUGCAAUAUACAUCAUUGGCACAGGUACCAUCGGUCAAAGCAAGCGAAGGAAAAUAACAACUGUGUCCUACGGUCCUACCCUACUCAUCAACUGGAGAAACUUCCGAGAAAGGAUGAAAAGAGGGCAGCGCGGGACGAGGAUCAUGAGAGGGAGGGGGUGGAGACAAUCGUCCGACGAUGAGGAGGUUCAGCAAAAAGGCAGUGCACCAGCUGUCACGAAGUGCAGUUGGUAUGCGUCAAGUGUACAUUCUUCGAAAAAGAAAAAGCUCCUUCUUUGCUCAGUUAUCUUAACCGCCUUGCAAGUCUGUGUUUCAGCCUGCAGAGGCACUUCAUCUUUGAAUUGCGGUGAUGAGAAUCCUAAGUCGUCCAUGGAAUGCGCAGUGGGCAUACCUGGUGCCAAACAGAAAGAUUGUCCUGAAGGCCUGAGGUGCAUCCUGACAACUGCAGGGAAUCUGGAAGAUGAUCAGCCUCACAAAGGCAUUUGUCAGAAAGAUCUCCAACCUAACUCUUUCUGCGAGAAGCAUGAUUAUUGUUGGGCCAUCGGGGCAAAGGAUAUACCUGCUGGCGACAACUGCAACUCCUGCUCAUGUGUGCAAGGUGGAAGCCUCCUUUGCAGUACAAAGCAAUGUGUUGACAGCAGCAGUGAUGGCGGCAGCGAUAGUGAUAGCGAUAAUGAUGGGCCCACUGGUGGCGCAAGUACAGAUACAGCAGGCUGCAGUGAUCAGGCUACAAAAUGCAAUCAUAAUCCCUGCGCAAAUAAAUCGUGUAUACGAAUGCCCAGUGCGGUCUGCAAGCCUAACUACUGCAAUGGGUGCGGGUGCGAUUUCUAUGUGGAGGGGAAGAAGGUCAGCUGCGACUCCGACAAAUCUGACAAAUCCAGCAGCAGAGAAAAGAAUGUGGGAUAUGUAUUCUGGACUGCAGGGGCGGUUGGACGACUCCAUGCGCUGGGUUCUUGGCUGGAGAACCUCUCUCUGCGGGUGAUAUUCAUAAUGCUAUCGCUGUUCGGCGCAUCGUUGGCAUCAACCCAAAUGUGAAGACGAAGCCCCAUCAUCGGCUGUCAAUGCGGUGAUGGGAUUCGGACUCAAGCCACUCUUACAGCUGCAGAGAGAUGUGGUCCUGAGUCCUGACUAUUACAAGCCAAGCUUAACAAGAGCAGCUGGUGAGCAUCGCACAGUUUGCGCACACCCACAUCUUCCUCGCAACGACAUCAAAUUGUGCAGCUGCAUGCAAGAUCUCCUGGAAGGAUCAUAAGCUUUGGAGUGGCGCGAAGAUCACGAUGGUAACGCUUCUAGCGGCCAUGCUUGAGGUAGAGGCUGGGAGUGCUUGCGGAGGGAUGAAGGCCAGUUCCGUGAAUUGCAGUGUGUCAUGUUUUGCUCGAAGAGCUCAGAUUGGCGGGCGACGGCGCCGAUGACAACCUUCGGACGUUAACCGGGGUUGCUGCAAAGGGUGGGAACUUUGGACCCGAGGAUGCCAAGUGCGAACUUGGGACCAGAAGACCCAAACUUGGGACCGGAAUACGGAACCCCUUUGGACCAGAGAAUGGAGACUCUGGACCGGAUCAGACGAUGGAUGCAAUCAUUGGACCACCUUUGGACCAGAGAUUGGAAACUCUGGACCGGAUCAGACUAUGGAUGCAAUCAUUGGACCACCUUUGGACCAGAGAUUGGAAACUUUGGAAACUCUGGACCGGAUCAGACGAUGGAUGCAAUCAUUGGACAAGAGGAUGCAAACUGGAGGACGAAAACUCCGGACUGGAGGACGACACAAACUUUGAGUCAAAGGAUGCAAACUUGGGACCAGAUUGGAGGAUGCAAAAAAUGUUGGACCAGAUGAGGAUGCAAUCAUUGGACCAAUGGACCCCAAAGGAUGCAAACCAGAGGGCGCAAACUUUGGACUGGAGGACACAAGCUUCGGACUGGAGGAUGCGAACGUUGAACUAAAAGGAUGCGAACUUGGCACCGGAUUGGAGGAUGCAACUUUAGGACCAGCGGAUGCAAAUGCUGGACCAGACGGUGCGAACUGUGCACCAGGGGACACGGACGUUGGACUGGACCGAAGGUUGAAAACCUUUAGACAGCACCGGAGGUCGCAAACUUUACUUUGGAGUCUGAACUGGAGGACACAGUCUUUGAACCAAGGGAUGCAAAACUUGGGACUGCAGCGGAGGAUGCAAACUUUGUACCAGGAUGUAAACUUUGGACUAGCGGAUGUAAAAUAUUUGGACUGGAGGACAGAAACUGCAAACAUUGGGCCACCGGAUGCGAACAUUUUACCCGAGAAUCCAAACUUUGAAGCGGAGGAGGAUGCAAAAUUUGGGACUGGAGGACGCAGACCUCAGGCAGGAUGAUGCAAACUUCCAACUGGAGGAGGCAAACUGCAAACUUUGGACCAGAGGAAGCAAACUUUGGACCACAGGAUGCAAACUUUGGACCGGAGGUGCGGACUUUGGACCAAAGAAUGCACACUUGCAAACUUUUGGGAGGGAAUUUUGGGACUGGAGGAUGCAAACUUUUGGGACCGGAGGGUGCAAAGUGUCAAUCUGCCCAUUGAGGGAAAACUGCAAAUUUAGUUGCAAAGCAAACGAUGUGGAUCACAGCGGAGAGGUGGUUGGUGCAAACUGCAAGCUUGUUUUAACUAAACCCCUGGCCUGGACAGGAUUGGGACUGGAUGGAACUGGCAAAUCAUUUGACCCCCCCCCCCCCCAUCUGUGGUAUGCAGUACUGCAAAAAAAUGUGAGCUAUGGGUUCAACAACGGUUAGCUUCGUAGUAAUUAAAUUUAGUUAAGAAACAAAGCAAAACAGCAUCU